ACCCGGACACAUGCGGAAGUAGCCGUUAGCUUCGGUGGCUAAAAGCUAAACGCAACAACUGUUUGUGGGAUUAAAAUCCAAACCCUCGUCAUGUGUUAGCAUCGCUUCUUCUCACCGGGAGAUUCCACGUCUCUCUGAAAGCUGCGUUGUCUCUUUAGCGUCCUCAUGUUAGCCGAGGCGUCCGCAGUACGUGAUCCGGGGACAUUCACCCCGAGUCUGUCCCCGGAUCAGCAGAGAGACGUGGCGAAGAGGAUCACCGCGUUCCUGUCUCAGUACCGACACCUGUCCGACACCUACAGGAUCGAGUUCUUCACUGAGGAUCUCUGGCACACGUUACCCAGCAGCUGGCAGGCCGCGCUGCAGGACCUGACCUACCCACAGGUCGCCGACCUCUUACUGGACGUGACACAUGGAGACAGGAGGUAUCCUACCGCCUGGCCCCUGUCGCUGUUGGCCUUCCGUGCCACCGCUCACGCUCUGGCGUUUCCCAGAGAGUGCAGGCGGGAGCGAGCCGGCCCGGUGGAACCCGAGCAGCGCCAGAAGAACCGGAGUCAGCGCUCGCUGCUGGACCACAUCUUCAGGAAGCACGUCAAGCCCAAGAAGCAGUACGAGAUCGACAAGCUGGGCACGCUGGUGAAGCAGCUGUGUGACCUCACCGGCUGCAGCCGGGUGGUGGACGUCGGCUCUGGACAGGGUCACCUGACUCGCUUCCUCUCCUUUGGACUCGGGUUGUCCGUGACCGCCAUCGAGGCUGAUGGGGCCCUGGUCGCCAUGGCGUCCAAGUUUGAUGAGCAGUUGCUCUUGGCGUUGGAGAAGCAGAAGAAGAACGUCUUGUCUCAGCUUCCAGCGCCACAGUCCCCUCCCCGCCACGUGGCAGGAUGGGUGAACCCCAAGGAAUCAUGGGAGCUUUUCAUUAAGCAGCUGAGUCCAGCAGAGUGUUCCAGUGAAGAUCCUCCGGCUCCAUGUGGACCGGAGCCACUUCAGGGGCGUUCCCAUGACUCAGCAGACUCUCAGGACUUUGAAUCUCCAUCAGAACUCCAGCCAAGCCAGAAUGAGUCUGGAGAUCAGUCAGGUCCUGGAACCUGCAGCCCAUGCACCCCCCCUGUCUGUCAGGAGGAGCUUGUUCCUAAAGAUCAUCCAGACUUCAUCCUGACCGGGCUCCAUGCCUGCGGAGACCUCAGCGCCACCCUCCUCCGCCUCUUCGUCAGCUGCCCGUACGCUCGUGGCAUCACCUCCGUGGCGUGCUGCUACAUGAAGAUCACCACUGCAGAGAACCCCCCCCACCCGGGACUGGUUGAACCAGCCACUCCACCGACGCCGGGUCGGGAAUCAGGUCCCUCGGAGCUCGGUUACCCUAUGAGCUCCUGGGUGGGGGGGCUGUCGGGACAUCAGCUGUCCUAUCAGGCGCGAGAGGGGGCGUGUCACGCCACGGAGGACUACGUGCUGAGGCUCCGGGAGGAGGGCGAGCAGCUGAGGAUGCACUGUUACCGGGCGAUGCUGGAGACGUUCAUCAGGGACAAGAGGCCGGAUCUACGCCGAGCAGGAAUCCAGACCAUAAAGAAAGCUCACCUGUUACCAUUCACAGAGUACGCCCAGCUGGGUCUGGCUCGGGUCAGCCUGCCACACGAGUUACCCCUGGACCCGGGGCGGGUGGAGACCAUGCUGAAGCAGCAGGGCAGGGUGGUGGUGUACUCCAGCUUGGCGCUGCUGCUGGCUCCGGUGGUGGAGACGCUGGUGCUGCUGGACAGGAUCAUCUACCUGCAGGAGAACGGUGUGGACAGUCAGCUGGUCGCUCUGUUCCAGCCAAACUUCUCUCCCAGGAACCUUGUGCUGGUGGCUCGGAAGCACCGUGAAUAGGGAGGAGAGGAAGUGAGAGUCUCUGGUCAAACUUCAGAUUUCCCUCUGUGGUGGAAGAGGUCACACUUGAAAAUGAAAGAUGAAGAGUUCUACUUUAGGUGGCACUGUCUCAGCUGCCGAAACAUUUUUACCGUGGAGCCGUUCAGAUGUUCAGCUUCGAAGGAACAUGCUGGAAAUCUGAAGAACCUGAAUGCUGGACACACAAUGAACGUGGACUGUGUUGAAUCCAGGCAGGAGCUUUCAGACCGUCCUGUGGUCGUCACGUUUCCUGCACCACAGAACAGGAGCAGGUGCGUGUUUGGAUCCUUCGGGAUGGUUUUAGUUUGUGCCGCUAUUUUUGCUUGUUUUUAUGUUGUUGUAUUUUUUUUAUUCCAUUAUCUUCCUGCUUUAAACCCGUGCUGGAGAAUCCUGUUCUGUGCUUUAUUGGACGUGGACCACAAAGCAAUUCACAAAACCUGUGUUUCUAAUUUCAGGCCCAGCAGCAUGACGACUGUGUGUAAAUGAAAACAGACGAAACUCUUUCACGGUUUUUUUCGCUCAGUUUGUGGUGAAAACAGUCGGAGAUGAAGCUGUUGUGUUUACAAAUGUGAAUAAA